CCGUGCCGGAGUCGACCCACAAGAGGUCAACAUUCCGGUCUUUUCCUUUCGGAUAUUACCAAGGCCACUUACUUCUCCACGCCGCUGCUGCUGGGCAAGAACGGUCUCGAGAAGAACCUUGGUCUGCCCAAGGUGAACGCCAACGAGAAGGAGCUGCUGAAGAAGGCCAUUCUGGAGCUGAAGAAAAACAUCCAGAUGGGCGAGGAUUUUGUCAAGAAGAAGUGAAUCUAUAGAUCAAGUUGAAAAUAUUUGUAACCAACAAUUGAAAAUAAAA